AUGCUCUUUAAUGAUCGAUUUAAAUACACAUCCAAAACUCGUAUCGACAAGGGCAUAUCAGGGUACAUCGAGAUCUGCGAAAACAAGGCCGCUGGCACAGUUUUCGCGAUAAAGACGUACCACCAGAAGGAAAAGUAUGAACUGAAAAGCGAAUACCACACUAGAGUUUUGCACGAGUUUCGGAUCCUCCAAAAGUUGCACCACCCUAACAUCAUCACUGUAUACAGGGAACUGAUCUCUUUCACUGGGUCAACAGUGAAGAUAUUCAUGGAGGCCGGAUCAGUGGACUUUCUGAGCUUGUUGAAACGGGGAAAGUAUGGAACUUUUGACUCUCUUUUCUCGUUUUGGAAACAACUACAUGGCGCUAUCAAGUACUUACACGGCAUGGAGAUUUGCCAUAGAGAUCUUAAGCUAGACAACUUGGUGUUAGUAGGAGGGGACACUUUGAAAGUCAUAGAUUUCGGAUCUGCGACCUCUACUGCGAAUGGUGAGCUAGCGGUCGGGAUCGUAGGAACAGAAUCAUACGCUUCGCCAGAGUCUUAUCUGAAAAUACUGUACGAUGGUAAAAAGGCGGAUAUUUGGUCAAUAGGUAUAAUUCUAUACUACUUCAUAUGUAGGAGGUUCCCAUGGAAAAUAGCGAGUCAUUCUGACAAGGCGUUUGUUCAGAAAACAGCAGCCUCAGUCACUGAUGAUCUUGACUCAGGCUACCUAGGACCCUACUACGCUCCAAUUGUGGAAAUACUUACUGGAAUUCUUCAACCUGACCCAGUCAAAAGGUUAUCUAUCGCUGACUUGGACCACUACAUAGCGUUAGCAGAGUCAACCCUUUAG